AUGCGCUCCAGUUCACUAUUAUUGCUACUCUUACUGGGCAGCUGUUUGUCCCUAAAGGGGAAUGAUGAGAAGGGGCAUCGUUUGCGUUUGCGGAUGCCACGCGUUGUUGGCGGCGAGCGCAUCGAGGUGAAUAGUCAGCCGCAUAUUGUGAAUAUACGUCGACGCGGUCAACUUCAUUGCGGGGGAUCUUUGGUGACGCCGCGCUGCGUGCUCACCGCCGCUCACUGCCUGCCGGAGGAGGAGCACCAAAAGCCGACGGAUUAUGUGGUUCGUGGUGGCGUCACCUAUUUGAGGGAUAUACGCAAUGGCCGCCAUGUGCAACGUGUACUGCUGCCCAGGGGCUAUAAUCGCACCACACUGGAUAACGAUGUGGCGCUGCUGCAACUGCUGAAUCCGUUGCAGGGACCACAGAUCGGAACCAUACGCGUGGCCAGGCAACCACCUCGAGCCGGUAGCUAUGUCCGCAUCUCCGGCUGGGGAUUGACGGACGAGCGCUCGAUUCAGCUGCCCAAUCAGCUGCACAGCGUCCAGGUGAUGGUUCUGCCGCAACAGCAGUGCCAGCAGCUGUACGCCGGCUAUCGGAAUCUAACGGACAGUAUGUAUUGCGCCUCGGUGGCCGGACACAAGGAUGCCUGCCAUGCGGACUCUGGCGGACCGGCAGUUAACGCCGAUGGUCAGCUGGUGGGCAUUGUCUCCUGGGGCAGGGCGAAUCGUUGUGCCCGUGCGGAUAGUCCAGGGGUCUACACCAGUGUGGCGCAUCUGCACGACUGGAUAGCCUUUAACAUGGACAGAUAUUGCUACUGACCAAUCUCGUUUUAGCACUUUGAAUUCGA